UCUCUCUCUCCUUCACCAAAACACACAAGUUUCUUAAGUAAAAAAAAAUCUCUGACGUCUUUGAAUCUAUGUGAAAGAGAAGAACCUCCAAGAAACAAUAAAAGAAGCAGCUUACUCAGUUUUUCUGGUGGUUGAGGAACACAGAGCCGCCCCUAUUGGGAGUCAGAUUUUAUUUUUCAGUUGGUAAAUGGUAGGUAGAGAAACAGAGAUGAUGCCAGAACGAGAAGUAGAGCCAUCAAGACAUAACGGCGGAGCUAGUGGAGGAGGAGGAGGAGAGAAUCAUCCAUUUUCUUCGUUGGGAAGACAAUCCUCCAUCUACUCAUUGACACUCGACGAGUUCCAACACGCUCUCAAUGAGAACGGCAAGAACUUCGGGUCCAUGAACAUGGACGAGUUCCUCGUCUCUAUUUGGAACGCUGAGGAGAACAACAACAACAACAACAAUCACCAAGCAGCUUCACAUCCCGUUCCACCUAGUCAUAACGGUUUCAACAACGGUUCCACCGAGAGCGGCGGCGUCUUUGCUGGUGGUGGUGGUGGUGGCUCUUCAGGUAGCCACCAAGGUGUUAAUAAGAAGCCAGGGAUAGCUAAGCAGCCGAGUCUUCCACGUCAAGGCUCGUUGACACUUCCAGCACCUCUUUGUAGGAAAACUGUUGAAGAAGUUUGGUCUGAGAUACAUAGAGGAGGUGGUGGUAGUGGUGGUGGAGACAGCAACGGACGUAGCACUAGUAGUAAUGGUCAAAACAAUGCUAAUAACGGCGGGGGUGAGAGUGCGGCAAGGCAACCAACUUUUGGAGAGAUGACUCUUGAGGAUUUCUUAGUGAAGGCUGGUGUGGUUAGAGAGCAUCCCACUAACCCUAAACCUAUUCUGAACCCAACUCCGUCUAAUGUCAUACCCGCAUCUACCCAGCAGCAACAGCUUUACGGUGUGUUUCCAGGAGCCGGUGAUCCUACUUUCCCGGUGGGUGUAGGUGAUUAUGGUAAAAGGGCAGGAGGAGGUGGGUAUCAGCAGGCACCACCGGUUCAGCAAGGUGUUUGUUAUGGCGGUGGUGGCGGGUUUGGAGCGGGUGGACAGCAAAUGGCGAUGGUGGGACCGUUAAGCCCGGUGUCGUCAGAUGGACUAGGACAUGGGCAAGUUGAUAACAUAGGUGGACAGUAUGGUGUUGAUAUGGGAGGGUUAAGAGGGAGGAAGAGAGUUGUGGAUGGUCCAGUGGAGAAAGUAGUGGAGAGAAGGCAGAGGAGGAUGAUCAAGAACCGUGAGUCUGCUGCAAGGUCUAGAGCAAGAAAGCAGGCAUAUACAGUGGAGUUGGAAGCAGAACUGAACCAAUUGAAAGAAGAGAAUGCACAGCUAAAACAUGCAUUGGGAGAGUUGGAGAGGAAGAGGAAGCAACAGUAUUUUGAGAGUUUGAAGACGAGAGCACAACCACCUAAAGUGCCAAAAGUGACCGGGAGAUUGCGGACAUUGACUAGAAACCCGAGUUGCCCUCUCUGA